GUCGGUCCUAAUCUGAGGGGAGCGCUGAGGCUUUGGAUACUGUCCACCCAUCAUCAGCCCGACUCGCAAGAUGUCUGAUUUUGAGGACUUCAGCAAGCCAGGGGGGCAGGCAAAUGUAUCUGAAAGCUACCAGCUGAACCCCACCAGCGUGAUAGUGUCGGUGGUCUUCUCCCUCAUCUUCCUGUUGGGCACCAUCGGCAACAGCCUGGUGCUGGCCGUGCUGCUGCGGAGCGGACAGGUCGGAUACAACACAACAAACCUGUUCAUACUCAACCUGAGCGUGGCCGACUUCUUCUUCAUCAUCUUCUGCGUUCCCUUCCAAGCCACCAUCUACUCUCUGGAGGGAUGGGUGUUUGGCUCCUUUAUGUGCAAAGUCGUGCACUUCUUCAUCAACCUCACCAUGUACGCCAGCAGCUUCACACUGGCCACCGUCUCCGUUGACAGGUACCUGGCCAUCCGCUACCCACUCCGCUCAAGGGAGCUACGAACCCCUUGUAAUGCAGUGGUUGCCAUGGUGAUCAUCUGGGGUCUUUCCCUGGUCUUUGCGGGUCCGUAUCUCAGCUACUACGACCUGAUUGAUUACGCCAACAGUACUGUGUGCAUCCCCGGCUGGGAGGAGCAGAACCGUAAGGUGUUGGACACGUGCACCUUCCUGUUCGGCUACGUCAUCCCCGUGCUGAUCGUGAGCCUCUCGUACACCCGAACCAUCAAGUACCUGUGGACGGCCGUCGACCCACUGGACGGCAUGUCAGAAUCCAAGAGGGCCAAACGCAAGGUCACCAAGAUGAUCAUCAUUGUCACCGUGCUUUUCUGCAUAUGCUGGCUGCCGUACCACGUGGUGAUCCUGUGCUACCUGUACGGAGACUUCCCUUUCAAUCAGACCACGUACGCCUUCAGGCUUCUCUCUCACUGCAUGGCCUACGCCAACUCCUGCGUCAACCCCAUCGUGUACGCGCUGGUGUCCAAGCACUUUCGCAAAGGCUUCAAGAAGGUGUUCAGCUGUAUCCUCAGCAAAAAAGGGAGGAAUAAGGUUCACGUUGUUCACGUGGCCAACACUGUGCCUGGGUUCGAAGCGGGCUCCACAGAGGUGUCACAGAUGAACGAGGAGAACAUGAGACAGAAUGAAUGUGAAAUGAUUAACAGGCCGAUCGCAGAGCCAAGGGAAGCUACAGUGACACUGAAUUUGCCCUUUCAGCGGCAGACUUGA